CUGAAACGCAAGACUUGAAAAAACGAUGAAUUUUUCAUUUUUUUAAUAUCCAGUCGUAGUGAAACAAUUAAAUAAUCCUGAAAACAUCGCUAAGCAAUUCCACAAAGUUGUCGAAACGUUGAAGAACAAUCAUUUUGCACCACAAAAUGGGCAGAUCCCCGAGUCGCAGUCCCUCAAAGAAACACAAAAAGUCUUCGAAGCACAGAAAACGGAGCAAAUCUCGAUCUAGAAGCACCAAAUAUGACGAUUACUACGACAGAAAAUACUCAAGAAAAAGAUCAAUGUCAACUUCUUCCUCAUCUUCCGACAAUUCCAUGUCCGAACACAAACGCAAAAAACACAAAAAAUACAAGAAAACCGAGGUAGAGAGACUUUCCCAGAUGGAACGUCAACGCAGACAGAAGGAAGCUGAACAAAAAAUUGUCGAAGAAGAAGCCAACAAACGCAUCGAGCUACUAGUGAAAAAACGCGUCGAGGAGGAACUCGAAAGACGAAAAGAUGAGAUAGAUCGCGAAAUCCAGGCCCGCAUUGCCGAAAAGCAGAAACAAAUGGAAAUGGAAAUGAUGCUCGAGCUUGAAAAUCGAAAAGCAAAAGCAUUAGAAGCCCAACGCAAAAGAGAGGAAGAGGAAAAGGCGGAACGGGAAAAAUUGGAAAGGAUUCAGGCGGAAAACGAUCGCAUCAUGAAGGAGAAUCAAAGUAAACUCGCCGAAGAACGUCUCGCCAUUGUCGAGGAACAGAGAAAAUUAGAGGAAGAACGACUCAAAUUGCGAAAAGAACAGCAACGCAAAGUCAAGGAAGAGCAAAAAGUUAUUUUGGGUAAAAAUAAUUCGCGUCCAAAACUCUCGUUUUCCCUCAAACCGGUUAUCUAGUAAGGUAUCCUUAUAAUUUUCUCUCAUUCAUAUCAAAAAACGGUAUCUUUUGUCGUUACCUCGACUGUAAAACGCCACUCGAUCUUGUUAAUUUUCGUAACAAGGAGUCUGGUUCUUACUUUUUAUUUAAAUGUAAAUAUAAAAAAAAGGUUUUUUUUUUUAAAUAAUUUUACGAGUCAGAAAUAAAAUUCAUUUUUUUGCAACACAAUAACAUAUUUCUGUUUUUAUUUUUAUUUCGAUAUUUUUUUCAUGUUCGGAUUUGGUUAGAUUUUAACAUUUCAUUUAAAAUUUGUUUCUAAUUCAGGAUAAAUUGUACUAUUUUAAAACAAUUACAACAUUUAUAUA